AUCAUCUAUAACCAGUUGAGACACCGGAAAAGAGCACUAGCGCCCCCGUAUCCAAAAGGUGCCAGAUAAGUGGUCGGUCACCGGACGCGUUCCGCCAAGUUCAACACCGUGUUCAACCACAGUUAAUCAUUCUCAAAACAUAAAAUAUCUCUCGAUUGUAUACUAGUCCGUCGACAUGGCCCCGGGAGAAUACUAUUCGCUGCGGCACAUACCGGAACUCGUAAAAUUAGCCUCUAUACAACCUGCCACCCAAGCGGAUUGCAUUCCAACGACCUUGUCGGGCCCGAUCCCAGCCGUAUCUCAGCGCUUAGAAGGACGGCUCAGUUUGCGGACAUGGGACUGGGAAAUUCGGCAUACGCUCAAGUGUCGCGGCUUGGAGCAUCUUCUUCGAAGCGAUCUACCUCGCCCCGACAAAGCUAACGACAGAUUUGCACUCUGGCGCCAUUGGUCAAUCACUGUCCGAAGAUGGAUGAAUCGCCAGCUCUCUCGCAAAAUAAGAGCGAAGUUGGGGGCCUCUCGGUGUGCUAAGAAAUUACGCGGAUGAUGCCUAUAAUGUCAUCCGAGAGACCACGCCCUAUGCAAGGCUACGUGGUUCAAGCUCAUUGAUAUGCGGCGCUUUCACUACACUACUGUGGCGCAAUACGUUACCAGUUUUCGGCGAGCAUAUAUUGACGCGAAGGAGUUGAAUUGCGGUAUUAGUCCCUACACCGCACUGAUUGCGAUCCUUGGUGAAAUCGAGUCAGAUCUUCCGCAUUGGGUCGCCACGGUGUUAUUAUUCUUGCCUGAAGAUGCGGUGACCGGUUAUACUGACGCUGAUUAUUUCAACGCCUGUCGCAUGGUAAUAUAGCAAGAUGAUAUGUUAAACCAAAGGAGUUUUGGGGUUGCGAAAGGGGGGUGGUUUCUUCCACUUGUGCCUUUCGAGAGAAUAG